AAUUUCACAUCCGGGGUCACCAAUGCAACGAUGGCUUUGAAUCAGCGGGACACAUUACUGACGGCUGUUGGCAAGAAUCUGACUGUUCUUGUCCUCGGGAUCACCAUCAACUACAUCAAUGCCACAAUGGUCCACACAUUCAACAAGCAUCACAUCUUUAGGAUGAACCCUCGCUUCAUCCUUUUCAUCCACCUGGUGUUCAACGACAUGAUCCAGCUCACAACCAGCAUUUCCCUCUUCGUCUUUACAUAUACCUUCCACACCAUCCAUGUCUACCUCUGUUGUCUUUUCAUCUUGCCGGCCAUCUUCACCACACAGAACACCCCUCUGAAUCUGGCUUUCAUGGCAGCAGAGUGUUACAUUGCUGUCUGCAUCCCCCUCCGCUACAACAACAUAUGUACAGUCAAAAGAACAUAUAUUGUUAUUGGCAUAAUCUGGGCAUUAAGUUCACUUUCUGUACUGCCAGAUGUCUUCAUUCUUUUGGCCACUGAACCUCUGGAGUUCUUUCAUAGCAGAGUUUAUUGCUCUAGGGAUAGAGUGUUUAGGAGUGCCUACAGUGUAAAGAAAAGGGAUGCAUCCCACAUAUUGUUUCUGGUCGUGGUUUGGCUCACUCUGUUCUACACUUACUUCAGAAUUUUGUUUGUAGCCAAAGCUGCUGAUGCAGAUGCUAAAAAGGCAAGAAACACGAUCCUGCUUCAUGGUUUUCAGAUGCUGCUGUGUAUGAUGGUGUACGUGCAACCUAUGUUAAUUCAAAGUCUUGCAUACGUGUUCCCAAGAGGGUUAAGUGCCAUAUACUUUGUUAUGUUUAUUAUAAAUCAAAUCCUUCCUCGCUUUGCAAGUCCUAUUGUUUACGGGCUACGAGAUAAGAUAUUCAGGAAGUACUUCAAAAAGUAUCUGUGUACAGUAACAAUGAACGUCCAUCCAAAGACAACACUGAAGAUACUAUGA